AUGAGCGGCCGUGGAAAAGGAGGAAAGGGACUUGGAAAAGGUGGAGCCAAGCGUCACAGGAAGGUAUUGCGCGACAAUAUCCAAGGUAUUACCAAGCCCGCCAUUCGUCGUCUUGCCCGUCGUGGUGGUGUGAAGCGUAUUUCCGGUCUCAUCUACGAAGAAACCAGAGGAGUGCUCAAGGUCUUCUUGGAGAACGUCAUUCGUGAUUCUGUAACCUACACGGAACACGCUCGUCGCAAGACUGUGACGGCCAUGGAUGUCGUCUACGCCCUCAAGCGUCAGGGAAAGACCCUUUACGGAUUUGGAGGCUAA